CACUGCUCCACAAAACAUGUUCCGAACCCCGUGGGCCAUCCGGGAUUCAAAGAAAUACCCGGGUUGCCCAAUCCUAAUGUUCAAAUUUUAUGUUUCAACACAACCGUUUCAAUUGGUGGGAUGGAAGGAAAAGAAUCUCCUGACCUGUCUCCUUCCACGUCCGAAACAGCGUCUGGAACAUUCUCUCGGUUUCAACCAUACGCACGAUCCAAGGGACCCAUUCUUGCUCUCGGGACAUUGUUCGCAGCCUCAGCUGUUAUUCCAUCCACCGUCGUUCGCCCAAACGUUUACUUUCCUCCAUAUCUCCACCGAGUCGGCUUCUCCCUGGUUUUUGGCGGCGCCGCCUAUGUCCUAGCAGCUGAUGACGCAAGGAAUGGAAGCGGAAUAGCUACUGCUUGGUCAUUGACAUACCUGUUCUUGCAUCUGCGACGGUCUCUAAGACCACCAUUUUAUCCAAUGACGCUUGCAAUGACGGGAGGCGCAGCUGCAUGUGCGGCUUUGUACGGCACAGAAUACUUCAUGUACCAGACUUGAGUGCUUAUUUGGUCCUUCCGAUCGUUAUUUCACUCAGCGUCCGCACCACGACAGGAAAGUAGAUCAAUCGCUGAAAUUGUGGGCAUUAAUAUAGAUCCUCGUGCCUCCCACCCCGUGCUCCACACGCGACGCUCUGCGACCCCUUCUGCUAUCCCACUCUCACUGAAAAUCUCUCGGGAUCAUCCGGCAGGCCGAAGGUCCCCACAGCAUCCAUCAAUCGCGCGUGCAGUUAGCCUCGUUCAGUGUCUUCCAUCACAGUAGCCUUGCAAGUACCAUACAGGCGCGGACAGUCGAUACCACGCUUUCCACUUAGCCGUUUCAGAAGAGUCAACCUUGUCGAAUUCUCACUAAAGUACAUUGGCAAGUAGAUGAUACAAGUUUGGAUACUCAAGCUUGUGAAGCGGAGGGA